CAUGACCAGAGUGCACUAGAAAUACGAUAUCCUUCUUCUGAUGAAAAGGACAACCUUGAUCACACUGAUGAAGAACAAAUGAGAGAUGAGAAGCCUAGUCAAAGAGCUUCAUCAUUGAAUCGGCCAAUUCAAACUAGAGCAAGGGAAGUAGCAAGCAGUUUCAUCUCAAUCAAUCCUUUUUUCACGGUUUUCUUGAAGCCUGCUCAUGUGUUAGAAAGCUACCUGGCUGUACCAGAUAUGAAAGGCAUUUUUGAGAAGAAGGAGAAGUAUGUGCAUGUGAAGUUGCAGCUUGGAGAAAGAUCAUGGAAUGUAAAGUUGCUCCUUAGUCAAAGAUUUUCAUUUGGAAGACUCUCUGCUGGCUGGUCUUUGUUUGCAAGUGAAAAUGAAUUGCAACCAGGAGACGUUUGUGUAUUUGAACUCAUUAGCAGGGAUGAUCCAGUAUUCAAAGUUCAUGUUUUCAAAAGGCAAGAUUAA